CAGCUCCGCAAACCAGCAUCCACUCUCUCAAUUCCUGGCUCGAUGAAAACACCUUCCAUUGCGAAUCGGGAACAGAUCUCAUCAGGAUGCAACGAAGAAGCAGCAGAGGCGUUAGUUGGCAUAAAUACCGACUACCCAAGGUAUGAAAUGUAUAUGGAGGAACGUGCUUUAACUGGCGGUAAUACAUCCCGGAAGCCCUCAACAAACUCCGCUAAACACAAACCCAAUGUCGGUUAUCGGCUUGGGAAACGUAAAGCUUUAUUUGAAAAGCGAAAACGUAUCAGUGAUUACGCUCUAGUCAUGGGCAUGUUUGGAAUUGUUGUGAUGGUUAUCGAGAAUGAAUUAAGCAGCGCUGGUGUUUACACAAAGGCAUCCUUUUAUUCAACGGCGCUUAAAACAUUAAUAUCGGUUUCGACUGUGAUUCUUUUAGGUCUUAUUAUAGCUUAUCAUGCUUUGGAAGUGCAGGUGAGACUAUUUAUGAUAGAUAACUGUGCCGACGAUUGGAGAAUCGCUAUGACAUGGCAACGAAUUAGUCAAAUAGGUUUAGAACUUUUUAUAUGUGCUAUACAUCCAAUUCCUGGUGAAUAUUAUUUUCAAUGGACAACAAAAUUGGCGAACAAAAACAAAACAAUGGGCACCGAAAUGGUGCCGUACGACGUAGCUUUAUCAUUACCCAUGUUCCUUCGUUUAUAUUUAAUAUGUCGUGUAAUGCUUUUACAUUCAAAACUAUUUACGGAUGCCUCAUCACGGAGCAUAGGUGCUCUAAAUAGGAUAAAUUUCAAUACAAGAUUUGUCCUUAAAACCCUAAUGACAAUAUGUCCUGGUACGGUGUUACUAGUGUUCAUGGUCUCCCUAUGGAUCAUCGCAUCAUGGACGUUGCGGCAAUGUGAACGGUUUCAUGAUGAAGAACAUGCAAAUCUGCUGAACGCUAUGUGGCUGAUAGCAAUAACAUUUUUAAGUGUUGGUUUUGGUGAUAUUGUACCGAAUACAUACUGUGGACGCGGUAUUGCCGUUAGUACAGGAAUAAUGGGUGCCGGUUGUACGGCUCUUCUAGUGGCGGUCGUAUCCAGAAAAUUGGAAUUGACAAGGGCUGAAAAGCAUGUGCACAAUUUUAUGAUGGAUACUCAGUUAACGAAAAGGCUGAAAAAUGCUGCGGCGAAUGUUCUUCGUGAAACUUGGCUCAUUUACAAACAUACAAGACUAGUAAAACGGGUUAAUCCCGGACGUGUAAGAACCCACCAAAGAAAGUUCCUUCUAGCAAUUUAUGCGUGAGUAUUCAUCAACCAAACCAAAACCAACCAACCAACAAAAAUCAAACAAUAAACCAAACUAAACAGCAAAAAAA